GAUUUGUGGUAGUCGAGUAGAAUUCGCAGUCGGACCUAAACAGUGACAGCAGGCGUGCCAGCAACGUACGUAGAAAAACAAGAUUUUAACAUUGUUCCACAUUUGAUAUCUAUCUGGACCUCAUCAACAUAUAUCUUACAUUUAAAAACAAAACAAGAUACAGUCUUUAAAAAGUACUACAAUGGAAGCCUUUCAGAGAAGAGGGAUUCAGGAGGAUAUGGUUCAGUACCAACUCUUUCAGGUCCAGCCACAAGGUUCAAAUUCACAGCAGACUGAAGAACAUCUCACACAUCUAGUAGAGGAAAUUUUAGCAAAAGUUGCCCCACUUCUGAUACAAUACAUCUGGCAGCAUCAGUCAUUCAACCUCAAGUAUCAUCCUGAGAAAGGUGGUGUCCCUGCUCACAUUGGAGGUAGCACUCAGUUUGGGGACAAUGUAGAGGAUGAGUGGUUUAUUGUUUUCCUCCUGCAGCAAAUCACAGAGGCCUUCCCAGAUCUUGCAGCCAGAGUUGAAGACAAUGAUGGAGAGUUUCUUCUCAUUGAAGCAGCAGAUUAUCUUCCUAAGUGGCUGAAUCCAGACACCAGUGAAAACAGAGUCUUACUCUAUAGGGGAGAGUUGCAUAUUCUGCCUUCUCCCUCCAAAUCCAGUCCAGUGGGGGUCUCAAGAGAUGAAGUACCAACUGUGGCACAAGCUACAGCGCUGCUCACCGCUCAUCGAGAGGCCUGUCAGGCAAGCCCCAAGAUUUGUUCAGCCCUGAGGAAACGAUUAGAGGGGUACCCCGAGAAGAUAAAAGCUAGCCUCCAUCGUGCCCACUGCUUCGUACCUUCAGGUAUUGCCAUGGUGUUAGCACAGCGACCAGAUCUGGUUGCUCCUGCAGUGUCAGCAUUCUACCUUCGGGAUCCGAUAGAUCUACAGGCGUGUCGAAGCUUCAAGACCUUUCCUCCUGACACGAGAGUCCUCACCUCGGUAACGUUCACCCGCUGCCUGUUCGCUCAGCUGCAACAGCAACAGUUCACCCCCGACCGGAGAAGCGGUUUCACCCUGACUCCUCCCUCUCAACCCCACUACAAAGCACAUGAGCUCGGCAUGAAACUGGCCCAUGGCUUUGAGAUCCUGUGCUCUAAGUGCAGGCUGCCAUCAUCUGAGCCUGAUGCUCCUGUCAGCUGUAACCCUCAGUGGAAAGGCUUCAUGGAGAGUCUGAAAAAGAAUGGCUUCUUCCGGGAAGAGAUGGAAGGUUCGGCUCAUUACAGAGACCUGACAAAAUCUGCGGAAAACUUCUUCAAACAGUCUGUCGCCUCUAAAUCAAGCACUUUGUCCCCGGGUGAGGAAGUUCUCCAGCUGCUGAACACCUGCUGUCCUUUAAACCUGGAAGAGAUGAAGAAACAAGAGUCACAGCUCCCUCCAGAGGACAGUGACAGCUGGCUGGACAUCACAUCUCAGGAUUUGGAGCGUAUGUUGGAGGAGAGGAGUGGGGGGAGAGCUGAUGUUGGCAGCCAAAAAUCCAAUUCAAGCAAACAGACACAGCAUGUCGGGGGGGCAGAGGAGAGGAGAAAGGAGACAGAGGAUGACACGGAGAAAGAGGAGGCCGGGUACAGCCUGGUAGCAGUCAGUCAGGGGAUGAAGAACUUCCUCAACGCCAUGUCGUCACAUGAGGGAGCUGAACUGCCCUGGAGCAGUUCAAUGCAGCCUUUUAGUUUUGAGCCUGACUCCAUGGCCAAAGCACUGGACAGAUUACUAGGAACCACAGAAGAGUUGGAUUCAGAUGAUCUAGAUGAUGUUGAUGAUGAUGAUGAUGAUGAUGAUGAAGGUGAUGAGGAGGAGGAAGUGAUAGAAGACGGGUCUUCUGGUCAUGCGCAGAUGAACGGGACAGAAAGUUUGGACGGUCUCAGAAAAUACAUGGACGAAAUGGAUCAGGAGCUGAUGAGCACUAAUAUCGGGCAAAGCUUCAACGUGACGAAUCAGAACAAGGCAGGCUUGGACAAUGGCUCCCCUCAUCCCUCUGCCACGGACAGUUUCCCAACACAUGAAGAGACAGAGGAGGAGAUCCAGCCUCUGGAUGUGGAUCUUAACCUGAUCACAAACCUGUUGGAAUCCCUCAGCUGCCAGGCCGGGCUGGCAGGACCGGCUUCCAAUCUGCUGCAGAGUCUGGGGAUUCACCUGCCACCCAACUCUGACCCGUCGUAAAAGACAAGACGUAGACUCGGGUACUGAAACAUGGAAUAAGGAUCAGCGUUCACAGUUAACAAGGUGUCCGGUAAAGCUGUUAGCUGAAACCUUCAUUCACAUUGACAACACAUCUGUAAGCAAAGCACUCAUGGAAGUCCAAGAUGUCCUGUAAAGUUUUUAUUGAACAAACACGGUUUUUCACAUUUGGUGUUUUUCACUGAAAUGACUGCGCACACUGUAAAACUGAAAAGCUAAAAAAAAAAAAUGUUGGAUUGAAUUUUUUGUUGCUUACAGUUCGUAUAAAAUGUACACAAAAAAAUCAUACAUGUGCCCACAAUAAAUCAAUUUAAAAAGACAUAAGCGCACAUAGACAUAAACACAAAACUAGCAUAAUGCAAUUUUGGUAAGGGUAAAACAAAAUUAUAUAUUUUGGUUUGGUCCAUAUCAGUGUGCAAAUCAUGCUAUAAAUAUUCAUACAGAUCAAUUAUUUAUGAUUGGAACAUGUUUAUGGCGGUGUCAAAAGGAAUUAAUCUAGUAUUUAGUUCAAAAAUAAUUUGGUGAAACCACAUUUAAUGAAUCAACAUUUUUACUGCAGUAAACAUAAUAAAUAAGCAAGUUAUAACGUACCAUUUCAUGUUUACUGAGGAUUUAUAAUACAUGCUGCUCUGUGUAAUGUUGGAAUGUGUGUACUGUUGAGGUUUUUUUGAAGCACUUGCAUUUGGUUGUUAAAAAAUAAUAAAUAACUUUGGAAAAAAAUGUCUUAUUUCAGUUUGUAAAAUGUAUACAGGUUCUCUCUGGAGUAGCACCAUAAGUUAGUUCCACAAAGUCAUAAUUUAGCUUUUGGUAAUACCCUAAAGAGUUGACUCAAAGAGAUUUAUUAUCACGAUUCCUUUUCAUCUGACUAACCUUAGCAGUCAGACUCAUUCAAGGGCAACUUCUUCAAACAAACCUCUGGUUAAAAAUUAUUUCAGUUUAGGAUUAAAGAGUGGAAAUAUGUUUAACGCUGUUAAGUAAACCCAACAUAGCAUAUUCAACUGUCUGUGUCCACGUUCCCAUCGAGGUCCCUUCUCAUCUGAAAAAACUCUUCACAUAAACAGUAGGGUCCAAAAUUCUGUGUUCGCUAUCAAAAACUUGGUGUAGCAGCAUGGAAAAGUUAAAUAAUGCCAUCAUUCUUGAAUCCAACCAGUGUUUGCACCACAUAAAAUGCUCGUUUAUAUUGGCAACUUCUCUAAAACAACAUUUGCAUUGUUUUGCUUAUGCUGCUGAACUUUUUAAUUUGAAACUUUGCUCUGCCCUUCAGGCCCCCGUCUGUUAAUCAUUGUUUUAAGUUCUUAAUGUUCUUUACCUAAAUGGAACAGGAAUUUUUUAAUACUGUUUUGACUUCAUUUGUUGUGUUUGUACUGCUUCCUGUCCUCUACAUGUGCUCACUUUGCCGCAGUUGCUUCAGACAUUGUCUCAUCCUGGCAAAUAUUUUUCAAUCAAGUUUCUCCAAGUUAACGAGCAUCAAGUGCACUAUUGUACAAA